AUGAAUACUAUGCAUAUCAUUUACGUAUUGAUUAGUUGUUCAAUUUUUUUACCAUCAUAUAUUUAUUCGAAUGAAGAUUUUUACCAAUUACUUGGAAUAACAAAAUCAGCUACGCAACGUGAUAUACGACGUGCAUUUAAACGUCUAGCACUUGAAAAGCAUCCAGAUAAACGAACUGGAGAUUCAGAUGCACAUGCAGAAUUUUUACGCAUAAAUCGUGCAUAUGAAAUUUUACGUGAUGAUGAAUUAAGAAAAAAAUAUGAUACAUAUGGUGAAGAAGGUCUUAAAGAGGAUUUUAAUCGUGGAAAUCAAUAUCAAUCAUGGAAUUUUUAUCAACAUAAUUUUGGUAUUUAUGAUGAAGAUCCGGAAAUUAUCACUCUUAGUCGAGCAGAUUUUUUACAAUCUGUUGAUGGUGCACAAGAUACAUGGUUUAUUAAUUUCUAUUCUCCACAAUGUUCACAUUGUCAUGAUUUAGCACCAGUGUGGCGUGAAAUAUCGAAAUUACUUGAAGGUGUUAUUCGUAUUGGUGCAAUUAAUUGUCAAGAUGAAUGGAUGAUGUGUAACGAACAAGGUAUUCAAGCUUAUCCGACAUUACGUAUUUAUCCCAAACGUGAUACCUAUCAAGGUCCAAGAGAAAAAGAUGCACUUAUUCGUUAUGCAAUGAGUUUUGUAUCGGCUAAUGUUAUUAAAUUUGAUGAUCAAAUGUUUAAGAGUUUAAAAUUUGAUAAAAAUAAACCGUGGCUUGUAUCAUUUUGUCGAGAAGUUGAUGAAGGUGAUUGUUUAGAUGAUGAUCAAGUUUAUAAGUUAGCUAUUAUGCUAAAUAAUCUUGUACAAGUUGCUAGUGUUAAUUGUCAUGUUGAUCCAGAUGUAUGCAAUCAAUUACAACCGCAAAGUUCUAUUCUUUAUUAUCCACCAGAAGAAUUUCCAUCGCAUAAUAGUUAUAAAAUAACAAGUUUAAAUUUAAAAGAUAUUGUUUCACAAAUUCUAGCACUUUUACCUGAUUUAUCAUUAAUUACAAAAGAUCAAUUUAAUAAAUUAAUCGAUCAUUUAAAACAAAAUACAGUUGCUAAACCAUGGUUAAUUCAUUUUGUGGAACAAACUAAUGAUGAUAAAGAUCAUGAUCUAAGAAAAUUACCAUCAAUGUUAAUCGACUAUAAUAUUGGUCGAUUCGAUUGUUCAUCAUCACCAAAUACCUGUACGGACUUAUAUAUAUUCAAAAAACCUGCUUUUAUUUUAUUCAAACGAGAUGGUCAUUAUGAAUUCUAUUAUGGUCGUCAUACAUCUAAUGAUAUUGCUGGAUUUGUUCGUGAUAAUGCUUUUUCACCAUUACGUACUUUAAUUCCUUCGGAUUUUCCGUCAGUAACAACUGAUUCAAAACCAUUUAUAAUCGAUUUCUUUUCACCAUUUUGUCCACCAUGUAUGCAUUUAUUACCUGAAUUUCGUAAAGCAUCAAAACGUUUGGAUGAUAAAAUUAAUUUUGGCACAGUUGAUUGUACCAUACAUCAACAAUUAUGUCAACAAACGGGUAUAAAUUCAUAUCCAACAACAAUAAUGUAUAAUCAAUCAGUUCAACAUUAUUUUAAUGGUCAACAUCAAGAGCAAGCAAUAAUAAAUUUCAUUGAUGAUAUACUUCAUCCAACUGUUAUUACAUUAGAUAAUGAUUUAUAUAUAAAAUUAAUUGAAAAUAAAAAUUCAAAUGAUAUGUGGUUAAUUGACUUUUUUAUGCCAUGGUGUUAUCCAUGUCAACAAUUAAGUAGUGAAUGGAGAACAUUAUCAAAAGUAUAA